AUGCUGGUCUUCUUCUUAGGCCUAACAUUUGCGAAAGAUGCUUGCGUUUCCGGGUCUGCAGAAUGUGUUGCAAACACCUUGAGAGUGUGCGGAAUAAAGAAUCAGUGGAUAUACGUUGACUGUCCCUCCGGGACGGAGUGUGCAGUAAAAGGCAGUGAGAUAUCUUGUGUUCCGAAUGGUGGAAAGGGAGAAUUAGAGUCCCAUGACAAGAAGAAGCCUAAGAAGAGGGAUGAAUCUGAGGCUUCUCAAAGCCUUGAGGAAAAGCAAGAUUCAGGUGAUGAUCUCGGUGAAAGCCCUGAAGAUAAUAGACAAUCUGAAGACGAUAAGCCAGAAGAGCCCAAUGAAGAACAAAAGAAGAAGGUCCAUGGGAAGAAGGGGGACGAAGAUCAAGAAGGGAAGAAAAAGACAAAAAAAGAAAAAGACAGUGAUGAGAAAACCAAGGACAAGCAUUUGGGCUUAGGAGAAGAUAAAAAGAAAAACACAAAGGGAAAUAAGAAAAAGGAACCUAAGGUUGUAACCAAAACAGUAAGUGUCUUGAAGAAGGAGACCACUACUACUGUCACUGUAUUGAAGACAGUUGUUCAAAAGCAACAGCCUACAGAGAUAAAAUUGGAAUACACAUCAAGUGACAUUGAAUCGAAAGUUAAGCCUGUUGGCUCUUCAUCACCAGGACAAGGACAAGCUUUGCAGGGCUCAAGUAGAAAUGUUUCAAAGGCAGGGCACCCUACUUCUCUCCCUGGUAUCGAGAGCAUGGGAGGAGCCAGUUCACCAGGGAAAGCGGGGCAAGGUGCAACACCGGCAGCACCAUCUUCGUCAGGCAGUCCCUCCUCAGGAAAGGGUACAUCGGUAGGAAGUAGCUCUUCGUCAGCCCCUUCUUCGCCAACAAGCAACAAGUCUUCUUCCGCACCUUCAUCUCAAGGCAGCACACCAGAGUCACAGGGAAAGGCACAAACAGCUGGUGGAGGCACUGGAGGAGCUACCCCUUCUACAGGUUCGCAGGGAGGAAAGGGAGCAGAAAGUGGUAAAUCGUCAGGAGGGUCGGCAGGAAAGACUACUGGUGGAACUAGUUCUUCUGCAGGUUCGCAGGAGAAAAAAGAAACUGGAGGAAGUGCUGGGGGGUCUACUCAAGCUUCGGGAGGAUCCCAAGGGCAGAAAGAAUCAGAAGGUAGUAAACAACCAGAGGGAGGUGCAGGGGGAACUAGUCCUUCUACAGAGUCCCAGGGAGGAAAGAAAACAGAAAGUGGAAAAUCAUCUUCUUCAGAAGGAAAAGGAGGUUCACUUCUCUCGGCCGAUAAGCUGACUAAGGUAAUGACGAAUUUGGGAUACUCUCCCAAUUCAGAAUAUAUCGAUGCAGUCGUCCUUGGAGUGAACGAGAGAUUUUCGGACCUUAAUCAGGCUGUAAUGUUCGUGGCUCAAUGUGCUCAUGAGUCUGGAGGAUAUCAAUAUAUUGAGGAAAUAGCGUGUGCUGGAGGAACGGGAUGUGCAGGGCAGUAUGGAACAGGAGCCCCCGGGAAGUCCUAUCACGGAAGAGGAUUCAUACAACUCUCAUGGCCUGAAAACUACAAGGCUGCAGGAGAAGCCCUGGGUCGGGGAGAUGAGCUCUAUAAUAACCCCGAGAAAGUUGUAGAGAACCCAAGUCUUGCAGUAGAUGUGUCGAUAUUCUACUGGGAGUCGAGGGUUGCAGAUGCUCCUGGAGUGAAGGAAAACCAUUUUGGAGCCACUACAAAGGCAAUUAAUGGAGCGCUGGAGUGCACGGGGUCUAAUAUUGAUAAGAGCAAGAAAAGGUAUGAGAUAUACACUGCUCUUGUUGAAGAAUUUGGCGUUAGCAAUCCUGCCGAUGAAAGCGGAUGUUACAGUUAG